CCCCGGUAGCGAGGAGACCUGCAAGAUCCUCGCCUGAUGGGAAGCGAAGGAGGGUAGACCUGCUGUCCACCCAUGGAUCCAAGCCAGACACCUGGAUGUCCCUUCAACUUCAGGAUUUCUCUGACCCCUGUCCUCUCGUCCUCCCUGAAGCUGCCCUGAUCCAGGUCCUCGUUACCUCUCACCUGGACCAUCACGACCUCCUCCUCCUCCUGUUUUUCUGUGAUUGGAGAACAAUAUGUUCUGAUACCAGCCAGAGCAGAGUUAAAGUCCAGUGCCAUCAUUUGGGGAGCUUUGGAACCCUGGGCAGCAGAUUCUAGGAUCAAUUCAUCGCUGUUCCCAGUGCUCACACAGAGCUUGGCACCUGCAGGCUCAGGAAGAAUGAGUGGAAUAGAGGUGACCAGAGUGUAACCACACGGCUUCCCUCUCCCAGGCUGGCAAGGGAGCAGGGCCUGGGCUUGCUCUGGGAACGGCACCCAGUUGCCCCUCCCAGCCUACCCGAGCCCCACUGGUGAUGGACACGGGGGAGGAAGAUGAUGAUGAGGAAGCCUGGCUGCAGCUCCGGCCGGUGGAGCCCUUGCCCUCCCAGUGCUGCGGCAGUGGCUGCUCGCCCUGUGUGUUCGACCUCUACCAGCGAGACCUGGCACGGUGGGAGGCAGCCCGAGCCAGCAAGGACAGGAGCCUGCUGAGUGGGGAGGAGACACAGAGCUGCCCUUCCAAGCUGAGCCCAGAGACCUUCCUGGCCUUCCGCGUCAGUACUGUGGACAGACUCACCAAGGACACCUACCUUGUCCGGUUUGCACUACCCGGGAACAGCCAGCUCAGCUUGCGGCCUGGCCAGCACCUCAUUCUACGGGGGAUAGUAGAUGGCUUGGAAAUUCAGAGAGCCUAUACGCCCAUCAGCCCUGCCAACGCAGAAGGAUACUUUGAAGUUUUGAUCAAGUGCUACCAGACUGGGCUGAUGUCCCGUUAUGUCGAGUCCUGGAGAGCAGGAGACACAGCUUUCUGGCGAGGACCUUUCGGAGGCUUCUUCUAUAAACCAAACCAGUACGGUGAGCUCCUCAUGCUGGCUGCUGGCACCGGCCUGGCCCCCAUGGUGCCCAUCCUACAGAGCAUCACAGACAACGGGGAGGAUGAGACCUUCAUCACCCUGGUCGGCUGCUUCAAGACCUUUGAGGGCAUCUACCUGAAAACCUUCCUCCAGGAGCAGGCCCGUUUCUGGAAUGUCCGCACCUUCUUUGUUCUCAGCCAGGAGAACUCUCUGGAGCAGCUUCCCUGGAGUUACCGGGACAAGACCCGCUAUGGCCGCCUGGGCCAGGACCUGAUUAAAGAGCUGGUCGGCUCCUGUCGGAGGAAGCCAUUUGCACUGGUCUGUGGCUCAGCUGAGUUUACCAAGGACGUGGCCGGGUACUUGCUGAGCGCAGGCCUGGCCAAGGACUCCUGCUUCCUCUUCUAGGCCUGGCCUCCCUUCUAAAGCUCAGGCCAGGGGCCUGGCACUGGGACGCAGGAAGGAGAACAGACUGGAAUCCAAAGACAUGAGUGGAAGACCGCUGCUAACUCUCCAGGUGACCUGGGCCGAAUGUUUUUACCGCUGUACACCUCCAUUUCUCAUCCACCCCACAUGGUCACUGACUCCCUCGAGCAGCCAUCCUACUGGGAGGAGGAAGGAUGGGGCCGUAGGAGCCUUGGGGAGGAGAAUAUUCAGCUGGGAGUCAGGGAGGACUCCCUGGAGGGAGCCAGGCCCUGGCUGAGUAGGAGUUGGCAGGAGACGGGCUGGGUGGGGCUCUCCUGGUUCCUCAGCUUCAAGGGUUUGUGAGGGGCUCCCAUUGGGCCCUGUCCUGUAAUGCCUGUGCCAAAGCCUGCUUUCCUUGGAGACCACAUAUCUCUUGUGGCCUCAGGGCUGGCUCAGAUGAGGUGCUCACGGUUUAGGGAAUGACCAUGGGGAGGCUAGAAGAGGAACUUGCCAUGUGUACCUCUAGUGCUGUGAGCCUGAUGCAAUGGAGGUCGUGGGUUCUGUGACCUGACUACGUCUCAGAACAAGGUGGAGUCCUAGAUUACCUUUAUUUUGGCCCCAGGCCUUUCCUGCUGCAAAGGGCUUCACUCUCAGUCUCCCUUUUCCUGGCUUGAGAGCCCAUCCCAGAGUCCUUUCCCCAGCAAAAGAGCCACAAAAGCAAAUGCCCCUCCCUCCUGCAGGCAGCCAGCUCAGCCCUCGCCUUCAGCUCAGGCACCCCGGUGACAGUUGCUAUGGAGAUCUAAAGAUAGAGCAGGAGUCAGGAGACCUGGGUCCUUCUCCCUGCUCUGCCCACUGAGCUGCUGCUGCUUCUGAUCCACCCACCUCCCCUCCACAUGCCACUCCCGCCAUCCUGCAUGGGGCAUGCCCUCCCCAGGGAACUUAGCAAUCCUGGGCAGCACGCUGCUGUUAAUGAAGUCUGCCUUUUGCAGCCUGGGCUCCAGUAUGCUGUACCAGCGCGGGCUUGUUACAGGCAGUCCCAGAAUUGGAAUAUUAAGCCAUGGACUCUCAGAAUCAAAGAACCAUAGAAUUGUAGAAUUAGAAUGUUGCAGUCACAGAAUCACAGAACUCAUCGUAUGAGAGGUUAAAGCUCAGGACUCCAAAAAGCAUCCCAUCUACCAGACUCGUUAUGUCAAUGGGGAAAGCAAGGCCCAGUGAGGCCCCGUGACCUGCCCCAGGUAAAAUAGUUCACGGCAGGGCCAGCGUCAGAAGCCCGGUCUCUACUGUCAGCCCUGUCCUGAGAGUUCUGUACCGGUGAGUUUUAAACUGGGCUCUGCAGGACACUACGGUUCCUGGCACGGCAGCAGUGAAGGCAUGGCCAGGUGGGAUCUCCAGGUCCCCCUCCAACCAGAACAGUUCUGUUUUUAUCCCAUUUAUAUCUUGGAGCUUGGAGUCAUUUUCAUUUGUGAAACAGGGUUUUUUCUUGCACUGCCCAAAAAGUUGCAACAAAUCUCCAUGCUGUGCCCUGUUCAAUAAAUAGUUAUGACAAGCAGUUGGGGGAUGGUGCCAAAGAUUUCAAACCAAGUUUCACAGACAGAAUUGCGGGGGCAAAUAGAUGUGGGGAAUACUGCGUGUGACCUUUGCCCAGAAUCACGUGCACACGAGCGUAUUAAAGGCUCUGAAAAGUCCAGUGAUGAAGAAGUGUUUUUCAUUUUGUUUACCCCGGAGUUUCCCAAGCUUGUUUAACUAGAGAACACGUUGAGACCAGCAUUCCAUGGGCCACUUCAGGAAAUGCUGGUCUGUCGCAAGGCCUCUCCUCCGCAUAGCGUGAUCGGUGGGAAGGCCCUUCCCUGAGCGGCAGAGGGACUGCGAUCUCAUACGGCCUCUCCUGUGACUUGAACAAGACGCUUCGUUUCUCAGGGCCUCUGAGCCCGUGCAUUUUCCUCCACCCUUUCCUGUCCCUCAGCUAGUACGUCCUGUUGCUUCUACUCACGCGUGCUCCUGGAGGACCUGUUAGGAACCAGACUGCUCUAAGCACUGAGGGAAGAACAGUGAACAGGGUGGUUACAGUCCGCCAAGGAAGGCAGAAGUUAAAGUUGUAAUUCUCAAAGGGAUGAGUGUGCGCAAAAGGGAAGUGUGGCGCGCUAGGAGAAUGCGUGGUAAAGGCUCUAGCCCGGCCUAGGGGAGGCUAGGACACGCCACUGCACUGAGGCUAGAGGCCUCUCACUCAUAGUGAGGGGUGGCAGGGGGUCCCCACUUAAGGAGUGAGGGGUCUGGGGCAGUUCUUGUAUGUCUUUGUCCCAUUUUAGAUAUUUGAUGUUUAGAUAUUACUACCCACUGACAACCAAUAGCCCCUCUUGUCCUGGAAUGUGUCGUCCUCCCCUUCCCCUCACUCCAUGUGGGAUCUGUGCAGUCUGAAUGGUGGCGGGGUUCUUCAUGGGACGCUGGUGAGGACCUAGCCACGCCUUUGGUGCCACGAUGCCGAAGGGCUCGUAUUAUCUGGAAACUUGCGAGCUCAUGGCUGGGUCCUGUGCCUUGAAAGAUAAGUGAGUCCAAGAAGGGGACUAGUUGGGGAGUGCGAGCAUGAACCUCUUUGAAUCGGGCUGAGGUUCUCAUCAGCUGGCCCACUCCUCCCAUCUCUCCUGGUGAUGCUGCCAGGGUGAUGGUGGCAAAAUCAGUGGCCGCCUUGGUUCCGCCCUCGUCGUGUUUUGCCUGCACCACUGCAGCAUUCCUGUGCUCAGCCUCCAGCCUCCGGCCUCUCCCCUGCAUCCCCUUCCACACUGUGGCCAGACCCAUUUUUUUAAAUUGUAGUAAUAAUGCUUAACUGAUAACAAAUUUCUAAGUGUAGGAUACAUUGUUGCUGAGCAUAGGUACAGUGUUGUACAGCAGCUCUCCAGAGCUUAUUCAGACUGCUACUUCUGACAUGUAGAUCUGAGCCUGUCACUCCCUUGCUUAAGUCCUUCCGUGCCUCCCUGCUGCCCUAAGGGUACGACAUCUCGCUCUGCUCACCUCUCCAGGCUUAUUUUGUCUUACUGCCCCCUCCCCCCAGCUCUUAUGUCCCAAACAUGUUCUCUUGCGUCCUUCAGUCCCUUCACAUCUGCUGCUUCCCUCUGCCUGGGCCAGCCUUCCACCCUCCCGUCUUCCGCUCACCUUAGCCUGCUUGUCUUUAGAGGGCUUAGUGCAGUGUUGCUGCGUCUCGGAAGCCUUGCCUGCCUCUGCACUCCGGGCUAGAUUACUGGGCAGUCUCGCAUGUUCUUCUGUUGCUGCACCCAUCAAACUGUCCCUUACGCAUGUGAGCGCAUGGGGGGCCGUACCUGUUCAUUGUGUCCCCAGCGUGGAAGGGUGCUCAGUACAUCCUGGAUGUCAAACACCUGAAUGAUAAACAGCUGACUUCAUGGAGCCCUUUACAGGUUGCACAAUGCUCUUCACCUACACUGAAGCAUGCAGUUGUCACCAAAAAGCAUGCUAUUUAUUACCCCAGUUUACUGAUGAGGAAACCAAGCUUCUGAGACAAACAGUUCUCCAAGGUCAUGCAGGUGUGCAUGCUGCGGUUGUUAUAAGGGUUGUAUGUAACAUGUGGGUGCACCAAGAGAUGUGCAUUAAGAUUUUCACUGCUGUACUGUUUGAAACCGCAGAGAAUGAAAACUACCUAUAAGUUCAUAAGUAAGAAAAUGGAGAAAUGAACUGUGUGGUGUAGACUCAUACAGUGGAAUGCCUUACAGCAGUUAUGAACUAGAUCUGUAUGUAUCAGAAUAGACUAAAUCCUAAAAACAUCAUAACUGAGUGAAAACCAAAUUGUAAAAGGAAGGAUACAGCAAGAUAUCCAUAUUUGGAAAGUUUAAAAACACAAAAUAAUACCAAAUGCUCAGAAGGAGAUUCACCAACUUCAAGGACAGUGGUGACCUCUGACAGGGAGAAUGGAAGGGGAUGGGGUAGGUUAGGGCUUUUAUCUGUGUCACUUUACUAUAAAAAUAUUUGAAAUGGAUAUAGCAAAAUAUGAUCAUCUGGUAAAUCUGGGUGAUGGGUUCACUGUUGUCUGAUUUAUUAAUAUUCCACCUUUUUCUGUGUUUGAAAUAGUUCCAUAAUUAAAGGUUUUUAAAAAUAAGAUGAAACAUGCCCAAAGUACUUCAGAAACUAGAGGCUUAAAAACAUUCAUUCCUUCCCUCCCACCUCCGGGUAGACUCUGCCCUUUUAUGCCUCCAAGCUUUUCAGCUUUUCAUUUGAAACUCCUGCAGGCACCUACCGUGUGCCCUGGUCUAGACACAACAGUAAAUAGUAUAAACAGUGCCCAGCAGCCGUAGCUUACA